AUGCCAUUUCCAAGCAACUUAAAAAGCAUGAUUCAAGCUCCCGAUUCAUUUAGGACUAAAGAUGAUAAAGAAAUUAAGCCAAAUGAAAGUAUUCAGAAAGUUACUGAUGUCCGGACACUGAAUGAUUCUUUGGAAGAGAAACAAUGUCAUUUGACAGAUCAACCAACUUUAAAGAAAGGUGUGAGUCAUGCCAAAAAGUAUGAGUGUGCUCUCUAUCUCUCAUCAGAAGAAUCAAAGGCUUCUGACACUAUUAUGCACUAUUUUUAUGGCAAGCCUGUCAUUGUUGAUUAUGAAGGAGGAUCCAAAGUCAUACAUUGUCACAAGAAUUGCACAGAAUGGGCCCCAAAUGUAUAUUUUAAAGAUGAUAAUGCAAUAAAUUUCGAAGUUGCGAUAAGUAGAAGUUGGCGAAGCAAAUGCAGUUUUGUAGACUUAAAGGAGCUGCACUUGGUUGUUAUGAGAAAAAUUAUUGCAAGAGCUUUCAUGAUACUUGUGCCAAGUCGACUCCUGGAUGUCGAUGGGAUAUGGAAAUUUUUGUCAUGUUAUGCCCUCUACAUGCCCUCCAAGUUACCAUAUGAAAGUUCAGGAUCUCAUCACAGGAACGAGACACUUGCAGCUACAAAAGCUAAAAGCUGGGAGGGGAUUCAGUUUUCGCGAUUCAUUUACAACAAGAAUAACAGAAAACUUCAACACUCACCUGAGAACUAUCUCUCUGCAAUCACUCUCCAUUCUUCAACAAAUCAUCUUCAUCAUCGCAGUUUCUUCAUCGCUGAAGAAGAAUCAUCAUCAAUCUUGCACCUUGAAACUCCUCUCCACAUUUCUCUGCGUUUCCUCUGCAAUCUUCAUCCAACGUUUCGAUCUUCAUCUUCAACGAAUCUUCAAUGCACCAUCAAUCUUUAUCGGUUGUUUCAACCUUCACGCUUCAUCAUCGAAUCUUCACCUUCCUCUAUUACCAAAACAUCACUGCAUCAACAAAGCAUCGCAAUUUCAAACAAUCUUUAUUCUGCAAUCAGCAACAACAAUACGCAUCGGGUGGACUCCGCUUGA